GUAGUGAGGCAAUUAGUGACAAGAAUGUCACUUUGUCGAAGAAAUGCACAGAGCAAGACCGAAAUACCACCAUUCAAAUUAACCAGGUUACCGAAGUGUGACAGCAGCUCCUCGUGCACUUUUAGGAAGGAACAUAUAUGUAAACUUUUGGAAAAAUAUCUAUAGAUUUUUUUUCGACUUGCUGAUUUGUUGGACACGUUCUGGUAAAAGUAUUGUUUGGUUUAGGAGGGAUAUUUUAUGUGCAGUAUUACUGUGACAUUUUUGUAACCUAUUUAAAAAAGGAAACAAUAUUAUUUAAAAAUAAUAAUAAUUAAAAAUUGCAUAUAAGAUUAUACAAAUAUAUAUCAAUUUACGUUCUGAGAGGCUUUUUCUGUAGCUCGGUCAACUUCAUCAGGUUACUCUUGAGAGCGGUCAUUGCCUCGCCGUUAUUGAAGAAGGAACGAGGUAGAAGUGUCUCGGCUGUAAUUUCUUCUCUGGACUGGAGAAGAAUAAUCACUGCUCCGCUUAUCUGCACGUUGGAGGAUAUCGCUUACAUUGUAAAACUUCAUCAUCUGGCCUUCUGACAAGAAACACGAAAUGAAACCCUUUGCCUCGUUCGUCAUCCAGAUUGCAGUGACGCUCCAACUUCAGUUUUCACCUGCUCAGAGUACUCCCUCACCCAGCGCAAACAGCACAACUGGAGUACUAAUGUUCCAGGAUGUGUGGGGCCGUAGUUUCUGCCGGACUAUAGAGAAGCUGGUGGAGGUGGUCCAAGAGUACCCUGGGGAGGUGGAGCACAUCUACAGCCCCUCCUGUGUGCCCCUGGUGCGCUGCGCUGGUUGCUGUGGCGAUGAGAACCUGGAGUGUCAUCCUACUCGGACCUCUAAUGUCACCAUGCAGGUAAUAGGACACAUCCCUUCUGAGGAUGGAUGCCAUGUUGUGAGGUCGUCAGUGUAUUUGAUAUUUGCAUGCCAAGGCAAGGAAAAAUGCUUUUUUCUACUUUUUCCCCUGCAACUUGUUCAACAACGUGUUCAUUCUCAGCUGUUGAAAAUCAAGCCAGCGGAGCAGGGUCAAGAAUACGUUGAGAUGACUUUUGUGGAGCACCAGACAUGUGAAUGUAGAAUCAGGAAGGCUGUGGUGAAAAGUGAAAGAAGGAGACAGAGAGGGAGAGGAAAGAAAAGAAAGGAGAGACAGAGAGUGAAAGAUUGUGACAGGUGUCAGCCACCUCGCAGAUAACUGCAGUAGCAGCCCUACACCUGUUGCAACCGGCAUCUCUAUUUAUUCUCUGCCCAGCGCUAACAGUAUCUAGAGUCUUCAAAACAAACACAUCAAUACUGUGUGUCUCCAUGCACCUAGAGACUUAAGCAGCUGGGUUGUUAUGGUGACAGGCCCUCUUGCUGUAGGGGAGUGUUUCUAACUUCGGUUCCACAGGAAGCACAUGUUGCUUGGUGAAAAAAAGACCUUGGUGACAACUGACCUGAGAGACAUUUUUGUGAAGCAGUGCAAUUGAAGACCAAACAUUUAAAGGUUUUAAAGUUAAAAUCAUGAUGGAUGUUUUGCAUAAUUACAUGAUUAUUAUUGUUUAGUGUUGUUAAUUUUAUUGCUGUGGUUGUUUUAGCUGCUUAUCCCAUUUAACAUGAAUAGGCCUAUUUAUGAAUAAAUGUUCCAUUCAUGAACUUUCGAUGUUGUUUCAUUAAAUCUUUAGGACUAACCGACUAACCAAAUACUUGGGGUCCUCUCAUGGCAAGUAGGUUCAUUAGUAGACUAGCAACUCCUUUCCCAAAUGGAAUAAGUUAUAUUUAACUUUUUGUGUUGUGAUAUAAAACAUUGCACUGUCAUACAUGGACUAUGGACUAGUACAGUCAGUGAGUUACAGCCUUAUGUGGAGUCUGGGCGUACUAAGUGCUCAGGAGCCCCUGCAGCAGCAACAGGACUAUACUAGUAGAAUAUCACCCUCCAGUGGUUACAAAUGGCAUUUUCAGAGUCACUUUUUAAAAAGAGAUUUGUUUAGGAUGAGGUAUAGAAUUAUAUUAUUGAUAUAAUAGGUACAGUUAUGUCCAUCAUAAUUUUUUCAUAGGACAAGGUGUUGGUGUACUUUUAUUUAAUUAAAUAGAAAAUAUCAUAAAAUAACCACAAAAUCAAUAUACAUGUAGGUUAUGCAAUAUACUGUAACAUACACAUUGUAUUUUUCAUCUUAAUGUAAAAAAAAAAAUCUGACAACAAGUCAAUGUCCAUGUAACAUAAUAGUCAAUAACUCCAAAGCAAGUUGACCUACAAGUAGACCUUACAAGUAGACCUACACUGCAAGUAGACCUAUACCCCAGUAUCAAUUUAAGGAGCUGCAUUAGAAAGAGCUGAGUUAAACCAACUUAAGCUAUGAACAAUCAUGGAACUUGAACUGACUGGUUGCUGUGAAAUGGCUAAUUGGACCAUAUAAACUCUGUUAACAUUUUAACUUGGUGAUCAAGACCAUCAGACUAGGUGUGUUCCUUGUUUCUCUAUUUCAUUUAUAGGCCUAUAACUUCUGCUGUCAUUUCUGUUUCAUGACAUACGGCGUUAUUGUGUUUUUUCCAGACUACUUUGUGUUUCUGAUUCUUUCACAGCUGAACCAAAUAUUAAAAUGAGUUGCUGCUCUUAGAGUUUCAAUGUUCUCUAUUCCCCUCUGUCAUCCACUCAACUCAAGUCAUUUUACAAUCUACACACUAAUCGAGUACACUAUCACAUUGCCCUCCACCUGUGGUGGGUCUGUUUUUAUUUUGUGUAUUAUCUGUUGAAUAAAGCAGUGGGUUGAUGUACAGAACCAUGAAUUACAUUUCACGCUUAAGAGUAGAGAAUUGUUUUAUCAUUUGUGCUUGUUGUGUAUUUAUUAGACAGUGUCCUUUAAUAUGACUAAGAACACAUUUGUUCUGGAGAAGUGUAUGCCUAUUUUAUCUAAAAAAUAAAAUAGAAUCUGUGAUGUUGUAAUCAAAUAUGAUAAAGGAUAUGCCCAAACAUCUGAGUGAGUAUUAUAUAUUGUAAAUAGAUAUAGAUAUAUUAUAUCUGUGAAGAGUGUGCAACAGUUAAUAAAGAAAUAUAUCAUUGUC